UAAAACCAGAAGAAGAAGAACCCGGAAGUGGAUUUCAAGUCUCAGCUGUGCUUUUAAAAGUAACUUCCUAAAAAUAAUAAUUAGGUUAACGAAAUGCAGCUUCAUUUCGUUAAAGAUGGAUUACCAGACUCUGUCAGCACCGACUUUCAGAAUCUGAACAAAUUCAACGAUCAGCAAUUUUUUCGUCUGAUUGAAAUUCUGUUCCAGUUCCUCCUGGAGCCUAAAGAGUCUGAGAGAUUCAUGCAGCAGCUCACCGACUUUGCAGGGGAACAUGGGAUGAGUGCUGGACCUCUGAAAAACCUGAUGAAGAGCGUCCUCCUGUUGCCUCAGGGAGCCCUGAAGAAAAACCUGACCAGUGAGCAGAUCAGAGAAGACCUGGUGACACUAGGACUAAAUGAAGAGAAAGCGGCUCAUUUCUCACAGCAGUGGGGCGAGCACUACGCCGUACUGUCCAGACUUGCUCUUGGACGGACUCUGAUGGUCAACCAGUUGGUUGACAUGGAAUGGAAGUUUGGAGUGACCGUUGGCACCAGUGAAAUUCAAAAAGCAGGGAACAUCUUUCUGCAGUUGAAGCUGGUGGUCAGAAAGGGGACUUCCACCGAAAACAUCUACAUGGAACUGACGCUGCCUCAGUUUUACAACUUCCUGCAUGAGAUGGAGCGAGCCAAGGCCAGCAUGGAGGGUUUCAGCUGAGUUACGUUCACGCCUCAUGUUUCUGAUUAUUAUUAAUGCUGGGAUGGGCUCCAGCUUACCCGCGACCCAUAAUGGAAGAAGCGGUACAGAGAAUGAAUGAAAUGAAUGAAUAUUAUGAGUUGAUCUAAGCUGAUUUAUUAUCAGAUGGCUCAUCCAGAAAGCGCAGUUCUAUUUACGUAAUUAUGUAAUUAACUGACAUGCUCAGAUUGGCUCGAGAUGUUGACGGUCAGGAAUGAUUUUAUGGAAUUCUGCCUGUGAGAUCAGGAAAGAUCUGCUCCUUUUUUUCCAAAGUUCGUUUAGAUCAUUUCUGUUUCUUAUAAAUGAUUCUGUGUCUUUGUAAAGUUAGAUGAGACCUCCAAAAUUCAAACCGUUCACAACCCCGUCUCUGCAAAUAAAGAGCAUUUACA